AUGGCGACCACAAACAAAACCCUCAUCUUCAAAAAAGUCCCCACCGGCACCCCCGUGCCCGGCGAGCACCUGGUGAUUGAGGACCGCGGGCCCUUCGACACCUCGGCCCCGCCUCCGGCCGGCGGCCUGACACUCUCCGUGCUGUAUGCCUCCUUCGACCCAUACCUGCGCGGGCGCAUGCGGCCCGCCCACAUCCAGUCCUACAAGCCCGCCUUCGCGCUCGACGGGCCCGUGUCCAACCACACGGUGGCGCGGGUCCUCCAGUCGGACUGCGCCGAGUACCAACCGGGGGACGUAGUGGUGGCGUUCCUGCCGAUCGCCGAGUACGCCACGGUCAAGAAGGAGGAGCUGGGCGUGGUGGUGCAGCGCAAAGUGCGGAACCCGCACGGGCUGAAGGACCUAGGCUUGUUCCUCGGCCCGCUGGGCAUGCCCGGCCUGACUGGGUGGAGCUCGCUGCAUGAGAUUGGGCGGCCCAAGAAGGGCGAGACCAUCUUUAUUAGCAGUGCCGCUGGCGCGGUGGGCCAGGUCGUCGGCCAGAUUGCGAAGCGCGAGGGCCUGCGGGUCGUUGGGAGUGUUGGCAGCGAUGAGAAGCUGGAGUUUAUCACCAAGGAGCUGGGGUUCGAUGGCGGGUUUAAUUACAAGAAGGAGCGCACAAAGGAGGCGUUGAAGAGGUUGGCGCCGGACGGGGUGGAUAUUUAUUUUGAGAAUGUCGGCGGGGAGCAGUUGGAGGAUGCGCUGGACGCGAUGAACGACUUUGGCAGGAUCAUCGCUUGUGGCAUGAUCUCACAAUACAACAAGCCCCGGACGGAGCACUACGGCAUCAAGAACUUGAUGCAUGUGGUGUCCAAGCGGCUGACCAUGCGCGGCUUCAUCGUCGGCGACCCGGGCUUCGGCGACAAGUACGCGAAGGAGCACCAGGAGAAGAUGCAGCAGUGGCUGGCCGAGGGGAGCGUCACGGCGAAGCUGAGCGUGACGGAGGGCAUUGACAACGCGGCGGAAGGUUUCGUGGGCAUGCUAGAGGGCAAGAACUUUGGCAAGGCGGUGCUCAAGAUCAAGGAUGAGUAA